AUGUCUUCUCAAUACUCUUCCAGCAGUAUACUUGCAAACCCCUCGAGCCAGGGUGUUUGUUCAACCCAACUCGCCAUCCCAAUCUACGCUACCAUCUGGAUUCUAUUCUGGCUGCUGGGCAUGUCGCUCGAAUUCGCAGUCUUUGUUGGCAAAUGCCUGGUCCAGGGUGAGUCGCCAUCUCAAGGGCGUUUGGACGUUACUUUGGAUAUGCCUGUCUUUGCUCUAUUUUGCAUUGCUCUGUGGCUGACAGUCAAACUUUUGGCAUGGUCAAUUGUGUUUUUGUGUUCCCUUUUGUUGAUGGCCAGCGAGGCCAGCGAUGCCGACGAGGAAAAUGCCCGGGCGGCUCGCCAGCGAAGAGAGCAAGUGCUGCGACGGCGAGCCAUGAGGAAGACAUACCAGUACUGA